AUGGAAGGCCUAACAACAGAAUUUAUGGACGAAUUUACUUUAGAUGAAAAUAUAUUAGAAAAUAUUAAAAAUAUUAAAAUAACGGAAAAAGAUAAACAAUCAAUAUUGGAGAAUCUGGAUAAUGAAUGUUUGUUAAGUGGAUCAUCGUCAUCAAUAACACCAAUACCAAUACUGGCACCAACAUCAGCUUUAACAUUGUUAAACAAAUAUAAUAGCAACAGUAACAUUAAUAAUUAUAAUAACACUAAUGUUGAUGUUAAUUCCUUUGGAAAAGAAUUACAAAAUGAACAAGAAAAUCCAAGUAGACAAGUUACUCCAUUGAAUAAGAAAAAUAAACCAUUUGUGAUUCCAUUGGAUGAUGGUAAAUUUAUUGAAUCACCUUCACAAGUUGAUGAAAUCUCAAGUGAUAAAAAAAGAGAAGUGGCCAGAAAAAUUGAAAUUAUUCAAGAAUAUUUGGAUAAUUUUAGCAGUGCACUUGAAAAAAGAAAUAAUAGGAACAAUAAAUAA